UAAAUUCUUCAUUUGGUCUCAGCUGAGCUGUCAUAGCUUUCAGAAAGCUCUGCAAAAAGAGAAAAACAAGAAAUUCUGGAAUACACAUAUUAAUUAAUUGCACAAUAAAUAUUUACCAACAAAAAAAGCGAGUGAAAACGCUUGCGGUGUGCUUCCGUUGAUCUUCCCAGCAUCGACGCACAACAAACUAAACAAAAGCAUCCAAAACAAACCGAAGCAUGAACAUGAACAACAUCAAUAAAGGUGGAUACGUGCCACCCGGCUACUAUCCGCCGAAUGCUCCACCAGCUGAUGGCGGCGCCCCAUACCCGCCCCCGGGUGCACCGUAUCCACCAGCAGGGCCACCGACGCAGCCUGUUAACUAUGGUUUUGCACCAGCUGCGCCACAAGGAUACGCUCCAGUUCCACAAAUGCCGUACUCAGAAGCAUACAACACCGGAGGAGGAGGAGCUCCAGUUCCGUUUGGCGCUGGCGCCGGAGUACCAGGAGGUCCAGUGCAAGUGACUCAGCCCUAUGGCUAUCCACCUGGACCGGCACAGCCUCCAGGGCCACCACAGCCAUAUGGUCCGCCUGGACAGCCGAUUAUCACGCAACCAGGCAUGCAGCCGGGUCAGCCACAGCAGGGUGGACCAGGAGGCGACUGGAUGAGUAUACCUUCAGGAAUUCCGAACUGUCCGCGCGGAUUGGAAUACCUUACGAGUAUCGACCAGCUUUUAGUUAAGCAGAAGGUGGAGCUGCUCGAGGCAUUCACCGGCUUCGAGACCAACAAUAAGUUUUCAAUCAAAAACGCGCUCGGCCAGAAGGUCUACUUUGCGGCUGAGGACAACGAUUGCUGCACCCGCAACUGCUGCGGUCCGGCUCGCCCCUUCGAUAUGAAAGUCUUUGAUAAUUACCAGCAAGAGGUCAUUCACAUGUACCGUCCAUUAGCAUGCUCGGCCUGUUGCUUCCCCUGCUGCCUGCAGACCAUGGAGGUGUCGGCCCCACCCGGCAAUCCCAUUGGCUCCAUCGAGCAGGAGUGGUCCAUCUGCUCGCCCUCGUUCCGUAUUCUCAAUCACCUGGGCGACACUGUGCUCCGCAUCGAGGGUCCCUUCUGCACCUUCUCGCUCUGCGGCGAUGUCGAGUUCAAUAUUGUCUCGCUUACCGGCGAGAAGGUGGGAAAGAUCUCCAAGCAAUGGUCGGGCUUGGCUCGCGAAAUCUUCACGGAUGCCGAUUUCUUUGGCAUCACUUUCCCACUUGACUUGGAUGUUCGCAUGAAAGCCGUGCUGCUGGGCGCCACGUUCCUUAUUGUAAGCAUCAUCCAUUGUUAUCUAAUUGCAGUCUGUAUCAUUCAGUUCUUUCGUUUAAUACUCAUGACACAUCGGCUGACGAGGAUGCAAUGUUCUUUGAGAAGUCCGGAAACCGCGAAUCGGAUCGCCCUGGAAUGUUUUAGCGGCUUCCGUGUAUAAUUAAAUAUCCUUUAGCGUGUAUAGACUUUUUAUUCCUCUAAAAGCUUAAUCGUUGAAAUCAACUAUCGCAAACUAGUCUCCUAUGGCCAAAGCAAACCGAAGCCGCAUUGAAAUAACCAAGUUUCUCAAUCAUUGUUCUACCUUAAAUAUUUGAAGAUAUUAUUAUUGUUUGUCGAGACCGGAAUACAACUUAAAUAUUAUUAUUUAGUUAUAAGCAUUUUUGUAUUUGACUUUUCUAUGAAUUUAUGACCAACUGUUGUCUUCAAGAACAUUUCGAAUAAGUAUUUCACAUGAAUAAUCAGGAGAAAACGGAAAUGUCCAAAAUGUA